UUUAUCCAAACAUCCAUAUUUCCCAUACUCAAAGGAUAAUAAAUUUUGAUUUUGAAAGUGCCCAAAUGUUUCACUCUACCGCCAUCUCAAAACCCAUUUCUCAAACUGGCAGUUUUCCUCUUUUUGUUUAAAGGAUCCAGAUGAAGAUUCUCUAAUAGUCCAGUGGAAAAUCUCACAAGAAUCAAAGGAAAAACCAAAAGGGGUGCUGUAGAUUUCUUCUCAGUUCUUGAAAAUCGCAACAAUGAAUCGGUUUCUUCACAACCACUUGUUCCGUUCAGUAUUGAGCUUGAACAGAGCGCUUUGGACUCGGAAUUUCCCUUCAAACCGUCGUGGUUUCUCUGAUUUGCCCGAGUCUUGGAAAUCCAUGAUGGGUUUGGUUCGAUGCCCUGCGAACGAUGUCCCCCUGUCGCCGAUAAGCUUUUUGGAACGAACAGCCAAAGUUUACAGAGACACACCCUCGAUUGUCUACGGUUCUAUGUCGUUUACUUGGGAAGAAACCUAUGAUCGGUGUCUCAAAUUAGCUUCUGCGAUGACCCAGCUUGGGAUUUCCUCUGGCCAAGUGGUUGCAACUCUGGCUCCUAACGUUCCUGCCAUGUAUGAGCUGCACUUUGCUGUUCCCAUGGUUGGUGCUAUUCUUUGCACCUUGAAUGCUCGCCAUGAUUCAUCUAUGGUGUCAGUCUUGCUGAGGCAUUCAGAAGCCAAGAUCAUUUUUGUUGAUUAUCAGUUGUUUGAAGUUGCUUGUGAGGCAAUUCAGCUUCUUGAACGAGGAGAUUCAGAACCUCCUAAGCUAGUUUUAAUUCUUGAUUCUGAACAUGGUUCAUCACCAGCUUCGUUAUCUUCUAAUGUUUAUGAAUAUGAAAGUCUGAUUGCAUCUGGGAGUUGUGACUUUGAGGUUCGAAAACCGAAAAGCGAAUGGGAUCCAAUUAGUAUAAACUACACUUCAGGCACCACAUCUAUGCCCAAAGGGGUUGUUUAUAGUCAUAGAGGUGCCUAUCUCAAUUCGUUGGCCACGGUUCUACUCGGUGGAAUGGGGUCGAUGCCAGUUUACCUUUGGACUUGUCCUAUGUUUCAUUGCAAUGGAUGGUGCCUUACUUGGGGAGUUGCAGCUCAAGGUGGUACGAAUCUUUGUCUCAGAAAAGUCUUACCUAAGACAAUAUUUGAGAACAUAGCUUUGCACAAUGUCACACACAUGGCUGGUGCACCUACCGUCUUGAACAUGAUCGUGAACUCUCAAGUGAGUGACCGCAGGCUACUUCCGAACAAGGUGGAUGUCUUGACUGGCGGUUCACCACCUCCCCCGCAGGUACUCGCUAAGAUGGAAGAGAUGGGAUUCCGAAUCUGUCACUUGUAUGGUCUAACUGAGACAUAUGGGCCUGGGACGUAUUGCACAUGGAAGCCAAUGUGGGAUGGUCUUCCUUCUAAUGAAAGAUCAAGGAUUCGAGCACGUCAAGGCGUCCAUCACGUUGGACUGGAGGAGGUGGAUGUAAGAGAUCCCGUGACGAUGGCGAGUGUCCCGGCUGAUGGCAAAACAAUGGGAGAGAUAAUGUUUAGAGGGAACACUGUGAUGAGUGGAUACUUCAAAAACCAGAAAGCAACAGAGGAAGCUUUCAAGGGAGGGUGGUUUCACAGUGGAGAUGCUGCUGUAAAACACCUCGAUCACUAUAUCGAAGUAAAGGAUCGCUUGAAGGACGUCAUUAUCUCGGGUGGUGAAAAUAUAAGCACGGUCGAGGUUGAAACUGUUUUGUUCGGUCAUCCAUCAGUUCUAGAGGCUGCUGUUGUAGCUCGCCCUGAUGAUCAUUGGGGAGAGACACCUUGUGCAUUCGUCGUAUUGAAGGAAGGAUGCAAUGUAACUGCUCAACAACUUAUUGAUUACUGUCGGGAUCGUUUGCCGCAUUACAUGGCUCCUCGAUCGAUAAUAUUUCAAGAUUUGCCAAAGACUUCAACUGGAAAGGUACAAAAGUUCAUUUUGAGGGAAAGAGCUAAGGCUAUGGGAAGCCUUUCUUGAACUAGUUUGGAGAAAAAAGAUUCUAAAUUAUCUGUUGUAGUACAGACCAAUUAUGAUUCUUUAGGCUCAAACUAUUAUGAGUUACUUUGUGAUAAAAAUAGUUCUGGUUCAAAUA